GUCCAGGCACGAAUGGUCCGAGUACUAAGGCGUCCUCUCAGCCGUACUCGACUCCAGAGAGUACAUCUGAUGACUCGUCGACUCCUCGAGAUCACGACGGGCCUGCGGAAACCUGCCCUUGUGCGGUUUUACCGCGAAAUGUUCCGGAUCGAACUGAUAUUGAUCGUUUU